CACGCCUGACGUGGCAAAUCAUAUCCAUCCGAAGUAGGUCAUAGAAAACGGCAUAUAUAGUGGGGUCCAAAUGGCAGGGGGAGAGGGCAACUGUCCCCUCCAAUUUCUGGAGCAAAUGGUAACAAAGGCCUUGACGCUUAUGUUCUAAGAGGUAAUUCAAUCUCAAGAGUUGGCACAAAAAGUUGGUUAAUGGUUACAACAUGCACAAUCUUUCACCCUAGAUGUGUCAUUAAGGUAGAUCUAGUGAUGGCUUUUGACUCAGUACAUUGGGAAUAUCUUUUCACUCUUAUGAGAAUAACAAUGUUCCAUGACAAUUUUGACAACUGGAUCAUGGUUUGUAGCAGGACCACUCGAUUCGGUAUUAACCUCAACGAGGGGGCUCUAUGGAUUCUUUGCUCCUAAGCACAGGUUGAGUCAAGGAGGUCCCCUUCGUACCUCUUUCUAUUGCAAUGGAGGGCCUCUCUAAACUACUAAACUCAUAUGUUGCUGGGUGGUAGUUUGCAUGUUCACCCACAAUGCAAAAAGGUACAUUUUACCCAUAUUUGUUUUGCUGAUGAUCUUUUGAUUUUCACAGAGGGUUCAACUCAAGCAAUAUGGAAGGCUAAGUUUUUGUUAUAAGAGUCUUAUAGUUUCUCAGGACUGAAGUGCAAUCCCGAAAAAUGUGAAAUCUAUUUUGGUAAAGAAUCACGUAAGUAUAUGCAGAAUGUUAUUGAUUGCUCAGUUGUCUAGGAGGAUAGUUUACUAGUAAGAUACUCGGUCUAACUUUGAUAACUGACACGCUCACUCAAAAAGAGCGUGAUAUACUCUUUGAUAAAUUGAUCAAAAGGAUCAAAUCUUGGCAAGCAAGGAAGCUCACCUAUGCAGAAAGAUUACAGUCGAUUGUUACAGUCUUUAUGGACAUUAUUCAAUAUGUGUUGCAAGUCUUUGUAUUACCUAAGAGGGUGAUUAAGCAAAUCCAAAAAGUUUGCUCAUCUUUUCUUUGACAUGGGGCAUAUUGUGGGAAAGCUAAAGUAGCAUGCGAGCAAUUAGCUAGACCCAAGGUAGAAGGUGGAUUGGGCAUCUUCGGUUUCCCUUUCCACGCCGCGAUCUCCUGUUCUGAAGGGAUCGAAAGCAGACCAUCUCCCUACAUUGGCUCCCGCGGAGCUUGGGAUGCACAAUCACCAGCCGCAGCUCCUCUCGGAGCGCUCACCUAGGCGGUCGACUCGUCUGUGUCCACCGCCACCUGCUUCACCGUGGUUGGAGUUUUCUUGGUCGCGUCCUCCUUGGACUUCCCGUCGGUUGGCAAACUGACCUCGUGGCCUGCGUCCUCGCUUCCUCCUGGGGGUAGUCCCCCUUAUAGCUGGACGGUCCGUGUUUGCUCUCUGCCUGGAUCAGCCUUCUCUUCCUUAUCCUGCAAUCUUGUGAAAGUCAGGUUUGCUGAUCACUCCGUACCCAACCAGGUUUUGAUACCAAGAUGAUAGACCUCGAAAUCUAGGGUGCGGUUGAUGUGGUGAAAUUAGAAAUUUAUGUUUAGAUCAAUUAGGGAUUGAUCCAGCGAUUGGUGAACUAAAGAAGAAGAGUUGAGAGAGAGAGAGAGUUCGCUCGAAGUCUUGAGAAGAAGGGAGGAGGGUUCUAGUAAUAGAGGAAAGAAUAGAGAGGAUUAGGGUAAUUGAUAUUCGUAUUAAGCUUAGGCAUAAUCCUAUGCUUAAAUGAAUAUUUAUACUAACAUACAUUUAUCCCUUUUGCUACCCAAAAUAAUAACCUAGUCAUAAUACUCCCUCCCCAACAAUAAAUCGAAUAAUGAUCUGACAAAUAAUAAUAAUUCCUAAAUAAUCAUAUAAUGUGUUCAUCAUCCGAUUAUAUAGUAUGUUAUAUUUAAUGAGUGAAGUUAUACAUAGUUGAAUAAACCAAGGUUAACCCCAAUGAAGCAGCCUUUAUCUACUCAAAUAAUAAUACCAUUAUGCCUUAUCAACAAGAGAUAGUAGAAGACAAACAUUCGAAUCAACCUCGAAUAAGCAUCUUCCCGGUCUUUCAGUGAAUCCACCUAAAGUAGGGAAAUGUGAAACAUUAGCCUUUCCCUUCUCUCUAACAUCUUUCUCCACGCUUCAUGGGGGCUGUUAUCGGCACUCCUCCGGCGACCGGCGGCAGCCCUCCGCUCCCUGACUCUCGUUCUUGCUUUUCAUUUCUCUACCUCUGUAUCUUUACUCUGUUUUCCAGCCUUCUUUGGCUUCUUUUCCCCCCUGUGUGGGAUAUGUUCCUCGCUCUUCGUGGGCUCGGGUUUUGUCCCUCCGAUUUGGAUCCCAGAUCUGGAGAUGAAUGCUUCUUGGUGGCAAAGGAGGCUGGUCAUUUUCAAAGAUUGGCUUGUCUUCUCUUCCCCUUCCCCAUCCUCUACCUCCUUACUGUUUCGCCCUGCAUGUUUGGUGAUUCGGAGAUGUUUGGGCCUUUGGCUUGGACGCAGGUUCGUGAGCUUUGAAGACAAAUGCUCGAUUUUCUGAUUCCUUCCACCGCCCGUCCUUUCGAUCUGUUGCAUUGUUGCCGUUUGGGUGUGGAACUACGUGGGUCGUUUGGUCUAGGGAAGUCUUUAGUGGGUUCCUACUUACCGCCCUCCAUCCGGGUUGGUGUGGAGCCGACUCUCUAGACAGAUGUUUGGCAGCCAGUCAACGUCCCAAGCAGUUCUGGUCGGUGGUGGUGUCUGUUGGCUCGUCGUUGAUGAUGAGGUUUCAUCUAGCGGCGACGGGAAGAAUUAGAGGGGAAACUUUUGCUAGGGUUGGAGAAGUGUGUUUUGCUCCUUGAUUUUGGGUCCUAUUGGGUCUCAACCACUUGCUGUUUAGGCCUUGAGUUUGAGUUCCCAAACCCAUGUACUUUGCUUGCUUGUAUCAUUUCUGGGUCUGGCCCAAUUGCCAUCUUUAGGAAAUGACUUAUAAAAAAAAAAGUUAAUA